GCGGAGGGGAGGCUGUCUGAAAUGCCAUGGCUUCAUCUCCAACCCCCUGCCCUUGUGCUUCUGAAAGGAGCUGCUGGAGCUGUUGCUUCUGGAUUAGAGAGGAAGCUGUGUGCCCACCCCAGGAUUGAGAUCUACAAAGAGGACCGCAUCUAUUUUGUGUGCCCCCUCGCCCGCCAAGGGGACUUCUAUGUUCCUGAGAUGAAGGAGCUGGAGAGGAAGAGCAGGGCAGCAGCCGAGGUCGAAGACAGCCAGACUGAUAUCACAGGUGGUGUCACCAUGCUGGGCUGGGGCACAAACAACAGGGAUGCUGCAGGGUGGCUGGGCAGCACCCACACCGUCCUCACUGCUCCCCACUCUGGUCCAGGGGCUGACACCAUGAGCGAGGCCAGCUCCAUCAGCAUCGAGGCCACGACCGACAGCAGGGACACCUCGGUGGCCACCUCUGUCCUGCUGCCCUUCCCCACCAGUCGUGGCCGGGAGGAGGCUGACAACCGCAGCGAGCACAGCUACAGCGAGUCUGGAGCCAGCGGCUCCUCCUUCGAGGAGCUGGACCUGGAAGCUGCUGCGGAUGGGGAGGGCAGCGCGGGGCUGCUGCUCACCUCGGGCUAUGGGGAAUCCCAGGAGCUCACAGACAAGUGGACCAAGGAGCCCAUCGCUGCUGAGCGAGGAGAAGAGUCGCUCAGUGCGUCCGCGGUGCCGCCCGCCCUGCCCGUGUCCCGACCGCUGCCCCGCGGGGUGCCGCUGCCCGGGGCCGGGCCGGGGCGGGGGCCGGGGGCGGAGCGGCUCCGCCGGGCUGGAGCUGGCGGAGUGUCAGAGGCGGCGGCGGGAGGCGGGCGGCAGCAGCAGCUCCGAAGAAGCAGCGGCAUCGGCACCGGCUCCCGGCGCAGCCCCGCCGGGCCCAGCAAGAAGGAGAUCAGCACUGAAGGGGACCUGGUCAUCGGGGGGCUCUUCCCCAUCCAUGAGAAAGGAGUGGGGAGCGAAGACUGUGGCAAAAUCAAUGAACACCGGGGCAUCCAACGCCUCGAGGCCAUGCUCUUUGCAUUGGAUGAGAUCAACAAGGACCCAAGCAUCCUGCCGGGGGUGAGACUGGGUGCCCACAUCCUGGACACCUGCUCCAAGGACACCUAUGCUCUCGAGCAGUCGCUCGACUUCGUCCGCGCAUCCCUGACCAGAGUGGACGGCUCCGAGCACAUCUGCCCCGAUGGCUCCUAUGCUGUCCAUGAUGACGUGCCCACAGCCAUCACUGGUGUCAUCGGGGGUUCCUACAGCGAUGUUUCCAUCCAGGUCGCCAACCUGCUGCGGCUCUUCCAGAUCCCGCAGAUCAGCUACGCCUCCACCAGUGCCAAACUCAGCGACAAGUCUCGCUAUGACUACUUCGCCCGCACCGUUCCGCCUGACUUCUACCAAGCCAAAGCCAUGUCGGAGAUCCUCCGCUUUUUCAACUGGACCUACGUCUCCACAGUGGCCUCAGAGGGCGACUAUGGCGAGACGGGCAUUGAAGCUUUUGAGCAAGAAGCCCGCAUGCGCAACAUCUGCAUUGCCACCUCGGAGAAGGUGGGACGCUCCAUGAACAAGAAGACCUACGACGGCGUGGUGCGGGCGCUGCUGCAGAAGCCCAAUGCCAAGGUGGUCGUGCUCUUCACACGCAGUGAGGACGCCCGGGAGCUGCUGGCAGCCGCCCACAGAGCCAAUGUCUCCUUCAUAUGGGUGGCCAGCGAUGGGUGGGGAGCCCUGGAGAGCGUGGUGGCGGGGAGCGAGGCGGUGGCGGAGGGAGCCAUCACCAUCGAGCUGGCAGCAUACCCCAUCCAGGAGUUCGCCACAUACUUCCUCAACCUCCAUCCCUAUAAUAACAGCCGAAAUCCCUGGUUUCGGGAGUUUUGGGAGCAAAAGUUCAAGUGCAGCCUUCACAUGCAGGACUGCAGCCGGCACUCCUUAAAGACGGGAAAGUUUGAGCCAGAGUCCAAGAUCACCUUUGUGGUCAAUGCGGUCUACGCCAUGGCUCACUCACUUCACAACAUGCACCGGGCGCUGUGCCCCAACACCACCAAGCUCUGCGACUCCAUGAAGCCUGUCAAUGGCAAGAGGUUCUACAAGGACUUCAUGCUCAAUGUUAAUUUUGAUGCUCCAUUCAGGCCAGCAGACACUGAGAGCGUUGUUCGAUUUGACCGCUAUGGUGACGGGAUUGGGCGCUACAAUAUCUUCAACUAUCACCACAUGGAUGGGCGGUACAGGUACCAGAAGGUGGGCUACUGGGCCGAGGGGCUCAUCCUCAACACCAGCCUCAUCCCCUGGGCAGACGUGUCCAUCCCAGUGUCCCAGUGCAGUGAUCCAUGCAAGAAGAACGAGAUCAAAAGCAUGCAGCCGGGAGACAUCUGCUGCUGGAUCUGCAUCCCCUGCCAGCCCUACGAGUACCUGCUGGAUGAGUUCACCUGCAUGGACUGUGGUUUGGGUUACUGGCCCAAUGAGACCCUGAAUGGCUGCUACGAGUUGCCCCAGGAGUACAUCCGUUGGAAAGAUGUCUGGGCCAUCGGUCCCGUCACCAUCUCUUGCUUGGGAUUUAUCUCCACUCUCUUUGUUUUUGGUGUCUUCAUGAAGAACAAUGACACUCCCAUUGUGAAGGCCUCUGGACGGGAGCUCUGUUACAUUCUCUUGACCGGGGUCCUCAUGUGCUACAGUAUGACCUUCAUCUUCAUUGCAAAGCCUUCCACCGAGGUGUGCACGCUCCGGCGCCUGGGGCUGGGCACAUCUUUUGCUGUCUGCUAUUCAGCCCUCUUGACCAAGACAAAUCGCAUCGCCAGGAUCUUCAGCGGGGUGAAGGAGGGGGUCCAGCGCCCUCGCUUCAUCAGCCCCACAUCACAGGUGGUCAUCUGCAUGGCCCUCAUCUCCUGCCAGCUGAUCAUCGUCAUCAUCUGGCUGCUGGUGGAGACCCCUGGUACAGGCAAGGAGACCGAGCCUGACAAGAGGUACAUUGUCACCCUCAAGUGCAACAACCGUGACUCCAACAUGCUCAUUUCGCUCACCUACAACGUCCUCUUGAUUGUCCUGUGCACGGUCUACGCCUUCAAGACACGGAAAUGCCCUGAAAACUUCAAUGAGGCCAAGUUCAUUGGCUUUACCAUGUACACGACCUGCAUCAUCUGGCUGGCCUUCCUGCCCAUCUUUUACGUGACCUCCAGCGACUACCGAGUGCAGACCACCACCAUGUGCAUCUCAGUGAGCCUCAGCGGCACAGUGGUCCUCGGCUGCCUCUUCACUCCCAAGCUCCACAUCAUCCUCUUCCAGCCACAGAAGAAUGUGGCCAGCCACCGCGUGGGCACGGCGCGCUUCAGCAUGGCGGCCGCUGGCUCCAGCCAGUCCCACGGUGAGUGCUCGGCCUCACAAUACGUGCCCACAGUGUGCAAUGGCCGUGAGGCGGUAGACUCCACGACGUCGUCCUUGUGA